CGAAAGUGAUAAACACGCAACGCGGCCUUGCAUUUACGAUUUUGUUCGCGAGUUUCGCUGGGUCGAAUCUAGAGAUUGAAGCCAAUAAUCGUGUAUUAUUCAACACUAAUGGUAGCAUAGAAAGUCUAAUUUAUUCCUUCGAGUGCUUUUGCUUGCGUCGAGUUAAAAACCGGAGCGGUCCGUUUGAGCGUCGAAGAUGCCGAAGAAAAAGACUGGCCAACGUAAAAAGGCUGAGAAGCAGAAGCUUCGCCAGAAGGAGAUUCGCAACCGUGAAUCCCAGCUCCCAGAGCAACCGUGCAAUCUCCCGAUGGAUUGCGAAAAGUGCGGCAGGAAGCAGAAGUCCCGUGCAUUUUGCUACUUCUGCCAAAGCGUUCAACGCCUUCCGAUUUGCGCCCACUGUGGUAAACAGAAGUGCAUGCUAAAGACCGGAGAUUGCGUCGUGAAGCAUCCGGGAGUGUACACCACCGGACUGCAGAUGGUUGGGGCCAUCUGUGACCACUGUGAGGCCUGGAUCUGCCACGGGCGCAAGUGCCUUCAGUCGCAUGCCUGCAUCUGUCCGCUGAUGGAUGCCGUUUGCAUCGAAUGUGAACGUGGCGUUUGGGAUCACGGUGGCCGCAUGUACAAGUGCUGCUUCUGCGACAACUUCCUGUGCGAGGACGAUCAGUUCGAGCACCAGGCGUCCUGCCAGGUGCUGGAGUCGGAAUCGUACAAGUGCCAGUCGUGCAACCGGCUGGGACAGUACUCGUGUCUGCGCUGUAAGACGUGCUACUGCGAGGACCACAUCCGCCGGAAGGGCUUCAAGUACGACAAGAAUAAGCCGAUUCCGUGUCCGAAGUGUAACUACGAUACGAACCAGACCAAGGAUUUGAGCAUGUCAGUUCGUAGCCACAAGUAUGGUCGCAAGCGCCAGGACGAUAAUGAUGACGACGACGAUGAUUACUGUUACGAUGCCGAAUACACUGCAUAUCGGGCUGCUGCCGAUCGUUACAACGAAACGGAUUCCGACGAUGAUGACGAUUACGAAGAGGGGUCGGAUUCCGAUGAGGAAGACGAUAGUGAGUCGGAAGAGGAGGAAGACGAGGAAAAAGAAGACGAAGCCAAGGCGGGAACCAGCGCUGAUAAAGGGGGCAAGUAGGUGCUCUGGUGCUACUCUCAAGGAAGUUCUUUCAAAAUGCUGGCAUUCAUUAAUAGAAUGAUACGUUUGUUGAAUUCGGCUGUGCUCGGUGUAUCAUUUAAAUGAGAAGUUGUAUUCAAUAAAGAACGCAGAAAUAUCCAUUAUA